AUGCGAGGAGCAGGACAACAGCCGAUUAUCGUGCUUAGUCAAGGAACUAAGCGCGAAAGCGGCCAUCAGGUUCAAGUCGGUAAUAUUUCUGCCUGCAAAGUUCGUUUUUCAACUCAUUUUUGUGUGUAAUUCGCUUUCUUCAGACAAUCGCUGACGUUAUCCGAACGAGCUUGGGCCCACGGGCUAUGCUGAAAAUGCUGAUGGACCCCAUGGGAGGCAUAGUCUUGACCAACGACGGAAAUGCAAUCCUUAGGUGGAAAAUAAAUCGAAAUUUCAUAAUAAAAGCAUUUUUUUUUAGAGAAAUCACUGUGAAGCACCCUGCUGCCAAGAGUAUGAUUGACAUUGCUCGUACCCAGGUGAGAAAAAUUUUGAAUAAAAGGUAAAUCUCAUUAAUUCAGGACGAAGAAACCGGAGAUGGAACGACUUCGGUCAUUGUUUUGGCCGGAGAAGUCAUGUCUCAGGCUCAGCCGUUCUUGGAGCAGAAAAUCCACCCGACCAUCAUCAUUCAAGUGAAAAAAAAACACGAAUACCGAAAAGAAUAAAUAAAACUUAGGCUUAUCGAGUCGCCUUGGAGGACAUGAUUAAGUUGGCCGAGGAGAAGUUCAACAAGCCCGUUGAUAUCAACAACGACGACGAGGUUUCUAGAUUUAAUUAUGAUAUAAAAUGAUAAAAAUUGAUUUUGAGGUGGCCACUGUUGUCAAAUCCUGCCUGGGGACGAAGAUGAUCAGCAAAUGGAUGGAUUUGGCCGUUCAGAUCUCCUUGGAGGCCGUCAAGACGAUUCGUGUUGAUCGCGGAGGCUCCAGUGAGAUCGACAUCAAGAGGUGGAUGUUGUAGAAAUAGAAAGUUUUCUCGAAAAGACAAAAAGUUUGUUUCGAAACAUGAGAUUUGGUAACUUUCAUAAGAUUUAGAUGAUUUCGUGAAUUUCAAAAUUAUCUCUGACUCUCCGAAAUUCAGUUAUCUUUUCCACACCCUGGUGGUUAUUUUAAAUUUUUUUGAAAGUCGCAUUAUAAAUUUAAAGUAAUGUUUCUUAAUUCCAAGUUUCUGUGGGUUUUUCAAAGAAAAAUCGAGUCAUGACCUUUGAAAAACGGCUCUUCGCCUCAAGACCCGUAUGAAAAAUUUUUUUCUUUAAUUUUCUGAAGACUGUUAAACGAUUUUGAACGAAAUGGACAUUAAGACAAGUUUUUUUAAAGCGUGAUUUCAACGUAUAAGAAAUAUUUUUUUAUUUUUUUCAGUCAAAUAAUCAAGUAAUUUGAAAAAUUUUUCUUGUUUUUUUGUAUUUACAAUGAAUAGAGAAUAAGCCAGGGAUUUUUUUAUAAAUUAUUCGAAUUAAAUGUGUUGCCGGUUUCUUAAGGGGUUUUUUUAUAUUAUAAUUAUCUAAGAUUCAGUUGAUGCCCUUACAUUCAAAUCUAUUUAUAAUUAAAAAAACGGGUUAGAAGAAAAAUUUUUUGGAAUAAAAUUGAAAAAUCUAAAAAGAGUCAGCGUCAUAUUUUGGUAAUUCAAGAUUUUCAUGUCUUCAAUCCCUUCAAAAGGAUUUUUCAUCAAGCUAAAAAAAUAAUCAAAUUGAAAAAAAUUUUUGAUUACAUAGAAGUUAUAUCAAAAAAAGGAACAUUUCAGGUACUGCCGAAUUGAGAAAAUCCCCGGCGGCACGAUUGAAGACUGCAAAGUCGUCAAGGGAGUUGUCCUCAACAAGGUUUCAAAUAAAAUCUUUUGAAAAAAAGAAAAAUCCUGUCAUUUUCAAGGACGUGACCCACGCGAAAAUGCGUCGCCGUAUCGAAAAGCCGCGCAUCAUUCUGUUGGAUUGCAAUUUGGAGUACAAGAAAGGAGAAUCGCAGACGAGUCUUGAGAUUAUGCGCGAGGAGGACAUCUCCAAGAUCUUGGAGCAGGUUACUCUUCUUCUUUUUUCUGAUUACUGUGCAGUUUCAGAAUUAAUCAGUAUCAAGUUUCAUUUCUCGGGUUGAUUUUUAGACGUUUUUCAAGUUCACUAACUUUUUCUUUGUGAUAAAAAUGUGAAUUUUAUCCAGUAUUUCUCAGAAUUUAGAGAAAUUUAGAAAAAUAUGUGAACCUAAAUUUUUUUGACGUGCUUUUUUUGAACCGAAAUUUUUCAUAUUAAGCAUUUUUUUAAAAAAUAUUUUUUUACCUCCGAAAAAUAUGAAUAUACAAGAAAAAAAUGCGUUAUCUAGUCAAUAAGUUGAACAAAAUGAGACUAAAAAUAUUAUUUUCUCACAAUUUUUCUGAAAAAAAUGUCCAGAAGUUGUGAAUUUGAAUUAAAAAUCUGUUAAUAUUGAACUGUAUCUUAGAUUUUGAUAAAGUUAUUUUUAUAGUUUUCUAUAUUUUGUUCAUUUUUUCAGUGACUUACAUGGAUGUAGGAGAUGGAAAAAAUAAGGAGAAAACAAGGAAAAUUCGAAAAACUUCGAUAGAAAGCUAAAUUUCGAUAUUUCAACUGAUAAACGUUUUCUAGCGAAACUUAUCAAUCAGCUCAAAAAAUGUCCCAGGAAGAAGAAGCGAUCCGAAAGCAGUGCGACGAGAUCAUCCGCCUGAAGCCGGACCUCGUCUUCACCGAGAAGGGCAUCUCCGACUUGGCUCAACACUUUUUGCUCAAGGCCGGAAUCACGGCUCUUCGUCGUCUCAAGAAGACUGAUAACAACAGAUUGGCCAGGUAGAAACAGGAAAAUCAAAGGAAAAAGUAGUAAUUUUAAAAAUAAAUUGAAUGUUUAUUGAGAGCUUGGUUUUUUUUUUCUUUUUGAGUUAACAUUUUUAGUAGCUUGGACCCGUAUAGAUUAAAAAGUUUGCUUCUGUAGUGAGUUUAAUGAUUAUUUUUUCGGGCCUUUCUUAUUUCUAGAGUAAACUGUACAUAGUCAAUUACAAAAAAGCCGCCUUUUUUAUGCUGAAAACGGCAAGAAUCAAAGAAAAUUCCGGUUUUUAUGAUAUUUGUCUUUAUUAUUAACGAGAUAGGCACCAAAAAAUAUUCCAGUGAGAAGCUCGAAACUAGGAACCCUAUGACCGAAAAAAUAAUAAAUUUCAGGAUUCCAUGAGAAAAAUUAAGUUCAGACGUUUUAUUUUUAAGUGAAACGAUUUCGGGACGCUUGUAAAAUUUGAAAAUUAUAAGAGAGCAAAAAAUUGAAACCACCUAAAAAAAAUUCCUUGAAAUUUGAUAGUUCUAGGAGUUUCGGCGCACUUUCCUUACAGGAUGACUUCUUUUAGAAGGCACACUUUUGAAAAAAAAAACAUUGAAAGAAACUCGGUGAAAUUUGAUAUUUUUAAGAGUUUGCGGCGCUCGAAUCGUCCACGACACGGCGGAUUUGCGCGAGGAGGACGUUGGAGAAAAAGCUGAACUUUUCGAGAUUACCAAGAUUGCCGAUGAGUUAGUUCGAAUUUUGUAUAUUUAGUCUAAUUUGUGAUUUUGAAGAUAUUACACCUAUGUGACGUCGUCGACUACCACGGCUUGCACUGUCGUUCUUCGUGGACCUUCUAAGGAUGUCAUCAAUGAGGUGAACUGAAAAAUUGAAUUGAAAUAGAAAAAAAAAAUCAUAUGUGAUAAUAAUAAUAAUGAAAAGUCACCUCGAAAAUUUAAUUCUUCGAAAAAUGAAAGAAAAGCUAUUUAAAAAAACCAUCUAGCGAAUUUAGAGAUUAUUUUAGAUCUAUAAAGGAGAUUUUUUUGUGAAAAAUAUUCAGUCUUUUUCCAUAGUAUUUUCAACUGUCAACCUUUUUACUUUUUAAAUAUUUCGAGACUUUUUCAUCUUUAAUUGAUGUAUAUUGAACUUGGAAUCUGCGUUUUUCUCGAUACUGUUUGUCAAAAAAUUUUGUUUUCUAGGUCGAGAGGAAUCUUCAAGAUUCUCUGCACGUCGUCAGAAAUGUCCUUCUGAACCCGAAGCUUGUUCCCGGAGGAGGCGCUUUGGAAAUGGCUCUGGCUCAGGUUUUUUUUUGUAUAUUUAACUGCCAAUCAUGGUCUUUUUAUUUAUAAAAAAAGAAUUUUUAUGACAUAUUAUCAGAAAAAAAGAAGAAAAAAAGUAUCCAACGCUAUAAGUUGAAAAUUGAUUUUAAAGUCCGGAUUUUCUAGAAAAUAAACUUUCAAUAGUUUCUACACAAGUAUUAUCAAAAUAAGCUUCUUUUUUUUAUUUUCAAAGUAAUAUUCUCAAUAAUUGUUCCAGAGCAUCAAGGAGAAGGGAAAAGUCGAUCGAAGGCGUCAAGCAGUGGCCGUAUAAGGCGAUCGGCUUGGCUUUGGAGGUUUUUUUAAAUAUUUUUUUUUAUAAAAUUGUUUUUCGAAUCUGACAGACUGUGAAAUUAUUCGUUUUUCCAGGUGAUUCCACGGACUUUCAUUCAAAAAAAUAGUUGUAUUCCUAUUUCAAAAAUUUCAUAGAAGCGUUGUUAAUCUAUGAAUAUUUGCAAAGAAGAGUAUGAAAUUUUACAAUGAUAACUGAAAAAUCAGUUGUUAAACUUCUAAAAAAAUGAAAAGUUCUUUUUCCUCCUCCCUGAUUUUCAUAUUCUCAAUAUUCUUUCUCUUCUCUGAAUUUUUGCUUCAAGUUGACAUUUUUCUUCAAAAAGUUCAUAUAAUAAUAUUUCAUUUUUUCAGGUGAUUCCACGGACUUUGAUCCAAAACUGCGGCGGAAGCACGAUCCGCCAACUGACGUCUCUCCGCGCAAAACACGCUCAAUGUGCCGAUAACUGGACUUGGGGAAUCGAUGGAACCACUGGCGAAUUGGUACGAGUUCCAAAUUUUCAUUUUUUCGAAUCGAAUAGGGUUGUUUAGCUGUUUUUGAAAUGCGUAUCUAAUUGAACCUGAAAUCUUUAUUGACAAAAAAUGAUAAAUUUAAGGCCGACAUGAAAACUUUGGACAUUUGGGAUCCACUGACCGUCCGCGUCCAAGUUCUGAAGACCGCUGUGGAGACCUCGGUAAAUGUUUCCUCAUUUUCUAAAAAUCGCUUCUAGGGCAUCGAUUUUUGUUCUAAACUUUGUUGUGAUUCCGAAUAUCUACUUGAAAUUCCACAAAACUUUAUAGUCAGCCUAAGAUGGGCAAGUACAGAACUCAUACUGCCCGGAAGGAGGGGUUGGCUCCCUGAAGUUUUGGAGAAUUAGAGAAAAAAAAUGGAGCUUGUCUCCAAGUUUUUCCUACCUCUUUUUCGCUUUUCUGUUUUUUUUUUUUGGCUAUUAAAACCAUAAUUCUUCUGAAAAACCUGACACGCAUUGGCCGUUCAUUGAUUCGAAACGUUCAAAUUUCAAAAUGGCAGAAGUUUUCCCCUAGAAAAGUGAAAAUUUGAGUAGAUUUUCGAAAUUUCCAUAGCUAAUUCUGUCUGAAAAUGCUGUUUCCUGAAAAUAUUCCCAUAACUUUGACCGCCUAUAUGCCUAUAACUCCAAUUUUGUAGUUGAAUAAUAUUAGAUUUUUUUAUUCCGGUAAUGAUCUCAUCAAAAUUUUCAGGGAACAAAAAAAUUUUUAGAAAACUUGAGCUGAAAUGAUUUUUUCACCGGAAACACUUUUUUUGCAGAAAAACUUUUUGAUUUUUUUCAUUUUAAUCAGCUUUUUUUCAUCAUUUUAAUCUUCUUUUUUUAAAAACGAAAUUCGAACAAAAAAAUCAUUUUAUAAUCAAAAAAACAGCUUAUGAAUUAUUUUUUUAAACUCUUUUUCCGAAACUAAUUUGUCUUUUUCGUUAGAAUUCAGUUAUUCGGACUAUUGUUUUGGUUGUUUUUUUAUCGAAAAAAACUGCCGGAUAAUCAAAAUUUUGAUGAUUUCAUGGAUUAUUUAAAGGUGAUGUUGCUCCGCAUCGACGACAUCGUCUCGGGCACGAAGAAAUCCCAGGGAAAGGAAAGAAACGAAGAAAUGCCACAAUAA